CACCCGGUGGGCCUGGCGCUGGAAGAGGCGGUGCAGGCGCAGAAACUCAUCCAAGAAAGUUUAAAGCAGUUGGAAGCCAAGAAGCAGCAGCAAGUUGGCAACAUAACCCAGAUAGAAGAUGCUGCUGAGAAGCUCAAGGCUCAUGCAGAGUCCAGUAAGACCUGGCUGACAGGGAAAUUCACUGAACUCAGAUUACUACUUGACGAAGAGGAAGCGCUGGCCAAGAAAUUCAUUGACAAAAGCACGCAGCUUGCCCUCCAGGUGUACAGGGCGCAAAGCGAGUCUUGUCGAGAGCAGAUAGACGCCAUGAACACACUCUCCAACACGGUCUGGAGUAUCAGCCAGGAGCCCAGUCCUGUCCAGCUGCUGCAGCGGUACGUGGCCACCGAGCAGGAGAUGCAGCAGCAGAUGAGCCUGGGAGAGCUGUGUUACCCCGUGCCCCUGUCCUUCGAGCCCACCAAGAGCUUCUUCAAGGGCCUCGUGGAAGCCAUGCGGAGCAUAUUACAGACGCCACUGGACGUUCGUCUCAAGGAAAACGUGAACUGCCAGCUCUCAGGCUCCUCCGGCACCAGGCUCGUCUCCUUGUUGAAAACAAGCCCCUCACCAGAGCGAUCACUCUUCUUAAAAUACGCGUGCACGCCCACGCUGGAGCCGGACACUAUGCAUGCACGCCUGCGCCUGUCCGCUGACCGCCUGACGGUGCGCUGUGGCCUGCUGGGUCGCCUGGGACCCACGCCCGCACUGCGCUUUGACAAGCUGUGGCAGGUGCUGAGUCGCGACUGCUUCGCUGCCGGGCGCCACUACUGGGAAGUGGACUUGCAGGAGGCGGGCAUUGGCUGGUGGGUGGGCGUAGCCUACCCUUCCCUGCGGCGCAGCGGGGCCUCGGCGGCUGCCCGUCUCGGCUGCAACCGUCAGUCCUGGUGUCUCAAGCGCUACGACCUUGAGUACUGGGCCUUCCACAACGGCCAGCGCAGCCGCCUGCGGCCCCGCGACGACCCCGACCGUCUAGGUGUCUUCCUGGAUUACGAGGCCGGCGUCCUAGCCUUCUACGACGUGUCUGGUGGCAUGAGCCACCUGCACACCUUUCGCACCGCUUUCCAGGAGCCGCUCUACCCAGCCCUGAGACUCUGGGAAGGGGCCAUCAGCAUCUCCCGGCUGCCCUAGGGGCUGAGACCCGGAGUGACUGCCUAGGCCUUCCGCUGCUCUGGUGUCACCUGACCCUGAUGUGGCUGGCCUGUCUAAUCCCUAAGCACCCGUCUUCUCCCCCAGCAGACAUGCAUGGGUGCUUUGACAGUCUCCUCUCCUAGGCUAGUUUCAAACAUGCCCUCAACACAGAUCCUCUGCCGGGGCCCUCUCAUCAGCUCUCCCCACUACUACCAGGGCACUGAGAAUACACAACUUUUAGUCCAGAUGCCACCCACACAUGAGCCCUAAGCAUCCUGACCAUGGCACCAUACAUUAUCUUCAGCCUCAGACCUCUCCCUCAUGCAGCAGUCAGCAAUACCUGGCACUUAGUAGGCACACAAAUGAGUGAGAGUCAUCCAGCUCUUACUUUUUUUCCCCUUAAUGUCCCUCUGAUCUGCCUUCUCUCCAAUCUACUUCAGCAUGUCCACGUCCCUUCCUUUCAGAGCAGCUGCAAGAGCAUCUUAGCACUUCAUGGCCUGAACCCUCUCCCAACCUCAUCCUCCACUGUACAGCCAGAGUGAUGUGCCUAAAACUUCACUUAACCUUAGAACUACCAGGAGGUUCCCAAGGACUCCAGGGAAAAGAAAAGCAGGCACUGAACCUUAGCAUUCAAGGCUUUUCUAGUCUGCCCAAAACUCCUUAUGCCUCAUCUGGCUUCUACUGCUCUUUUCAGAGACCCAAGCUGUUGGCACCUUUGCCCUGUGCUACUGGCCCUAUACAGUCAUUUAUGCAGAAAAGCCCUUUCAUCUUCCUUUGCCUUGUCAGCCUUCUCCUGGCUUAAGUGCCCUGGGGAAGACUCCCCAAGCCACAGGAAUCUCUCUUAUUAUAUCAGAACCGUGAGUCAGAACCUUGCUUACCAAUGAGAUUGGAUGUUUUCCAAGGACAGCUGUGUGUGUCCUAUGCCCUCUCCACCUGAAAAGUUCAGAGUGUCCCUUUCCUCCCAGGCAGUGAAUGACAAACAGCAGCUAUCAUGGACUCAAAGAACCGCUGAGCUGAGAAGUCCACAUGAAUCACCCAGCCUGGCCUCACUGUAUAUGUGGGGAGACUAAGGUCCUGUAAGAAAGUUGCUUAAAGUCACCCACGGUGAUUAAAGUUAAAGGCUGGGCCACCCCCACCCCCCACUCCAGCCCCAAGGCAAGUGUCUUUCUUACUUGGCCCCUGUCCCAGCUCUUCAGGCCCAGCUUUCAAUCUGGGAGAUUUCACUGCUUAUUCAUUCCUCAGGGGAUGUUGGGAAGAAAAUCAGCAGCUUAGCCAACCACGGGCAGUUCUCCCAACUGUCUUGGAACCAAAAGAAGAAAAGCUCAAAGUAAGGUUUGGGCAGCCCAGACAUCCCCAUGCUCCUCAGAUCUCUCAUUCCAGGUGUUGCCAAGGAAACCCAGAGAACCCCACCUUCCAAAAGAGAAGUGACAGAAAUAGAUAAGGUCAGAAAAGCAGGACCUCACAGGUCAGCUUCACUAACGGGAAGGCAAAGGCAUCUUUCUUGAUGCCUUUCUGAAGAUUUAGCAUCGUUAUUUGUCAAAUUCCCUAGAUGGUUUUGAAACCAUCCUGUGUUGUCUUAGGUGCUGGGCAAGAGGACAGUGGUAGGGGGAAGAAAGUGCAAAGCUGAAAACCACUUAUGGUUUCAGGGCAUUAAUUAUUUUGAACCACAUAAAACUGACAAUUUCUAACAGUUUCUGACCUAAAAAUGCCAGUUUCAUAUAGGGCAAUGAAAUACAAGUAGAAUACAAGGCAGAAGGAACCUUAAGAGUGCCCUGGGUUCUAACCAAAUCACUUAAAACCCGAGCCGGAUAGAGCGCACAGUGUCUAAACACACUGCUCCAGGAAUCCUGAAAAAAAAA